CCACGCACUAAAUCAAGAAAAGAAGGAAAGAGAGAGAGUGUGAUUGCAAAGAAGUGUACUACUCGCAAAACGUUUGUCGAUCAUAAAUACAUGCGGUUGAAAUUAUUAAUCUUUCACAUAUAUUUAUACGUAUGACCUAUUAUACGUGUCUCCUCUCGUGAUUAAUAUAAUAUCUAAACGAAAAUAUAAUAUACCAAAAUUAUUGGGUUUAGUGCAUAAAAAAAGAAACCAAAAAAAUUAGAGGGACUGUAUAUAAAAAAGAAUAAGUGUUAUCCCAGUGCGUCUUUUUUAUUUUUCGUUUUUUUUUUCGAUUCGAUCAAUUUUUAAGUUCGGUCCUCGAUUUGUCAUUAAGGAAAAUACUUUGCCUUUGCUUGGUUUCUAGAGUCAAGGUGGCUAAAGUAAGAAGAAUUCGUGAGAUUCAAGUUGCAUCCAUGAAAUCGACGAUACCUUUACAACAAUUUAAAAAAUGUAUCAUUUUAUUUAUGGUCGGCAUGAUCUGCACCUUAUUGAGUUAUGCAAUCUAUAUCAUCAAUCCUUUAAAACUGAUUAUAGAAUACAAUUUACAAUUGAGAGAAAACUCGCCAAUUUACUCCAUAUGGAAAAAGCCUCCUGUCGAUGUAUUUAUUAAAGUAUACAUUUUUAAUAUUACCAAUCCUGAUGAGUUUUUGAAAGGAACAGAAAAACUUAAACUCGAAGAAGUUGGUCCCUAUGUAUAUCAGGAAUUUUUAGAAAACACGAAUGUAACAUUUAACGAUAAUGGUACUAUAACUUAUAUUCCAAGGAGGACUGUAUUUUUUGUUCCUGAAUUAUCAAAGAGCGAUCCCAAAAAAGAUUUUGUUACCGUACCGAAUAUUCCGAUGUUGGGCAUAACAUCUGCGUUGUACGAUUCUGGAUUUUUUAUUAAUUAUCCUUUCACGCAAUUAAUCAAUAUGAUUGGUAGCGAACCAAUAUUGAAUAUCACAGCUUAUGAUUAUUUAUGGGGUUACGAUGACACCUUGGUCAAAUUAGCAACCGACAUAUUACCAUCUUAUUUCAACUUUAGAAAAUUUGGUCUUCUUGAUAGAAUGUACGACGAAGGUCAGAACAUCAUCAACAUAAAUAUUCGUAAAAAUGAUGAUAUGAGAGAUGAAAAUGGGCGAUAUCUAAGUAUCGAAACCUAUAAUGGAAGUCCUGGAUUAUCUAAUUGGGGAUAUCGCGAGGAGGAAGAUAACAAAACUUAUCCAGAAAAUACAAUAUGUAAUCGCAUUCGAGGAGCUUCUGAAGGAACGAUGUUUCCACCGAAUCUGGACAAACGUGCUGUUUUUCGAGUUUUUCGAAAAGCAUUUUGUAGAACGUUACCGAUAGUAUUUAAGAAAGAGGUUGUUACAGAGGACGGCAUUCCAUGUUAUCUUUAUAUCAUGUCGGAAGAUUUUUUGGACCCUCCAAAUGAAAAUCCGGACAACGAAUGUUAUUGUCGCAAAAUAAAAAAAUGCCAUAGGAAAGGACUGUCGGACUUGACGGCAUGUUAUUUUAAUAUUCCUGCAGCUGUAUCUUUACCACAUUUUCUUAACGGUGAUUCCAGUUUAAUAAACGACGUGGAAGGUCUUCAUCCAGAUCCAGAAAAACACGCUACACAGGUUUUAAUUCAACCUGACAUAGGUAUAGCAGUGAAAGUAAACUCAAGAAUACAAACGAAUCUUGUGAUGUAUGAUACGCAGUACAAUUCAAAAGUCAAACCAUUUAAUAAUAUAGUGAUACCAUUAUUCUGGACUGAUUUGAUGAUUCCAUCUUUGAAGAGUGAUUUGUUAUUUCUAAUAAAAAUAAUUGUUAAAAUACUUCCUAUCAUGCAAACUGUGGUAAUGUACUUCUUGAUGAUCAUUGGCGUAACAUUGAUCACUUUAUCGCUAACAGCAUCUAUUUGGAAAUUUAAUCAGCAUCGAGAACAACAAUUUGAUUUUGAUAGAAGGGAUAGCGCAGAUUUAAGGAUACCUUUAGGGUAUGGGCAAAACACGACUAUACAUAUCUUAUCGAAUAAUGAAAAGAUCAAAUCAAGAUCGGAUUUAUAUAGUUAAUCGAUAAAAUUUACUUUUACUCAUUUUCUAACAUAUAGAUAUGAAAUAAGUUUUAAUCAUGUUGCACACAUACACGUACAUACACACACAUCCGCGUACGCACAUACAUAUACACAAAAUAAAGUUUAAGAUUUUUUACAAAUAUUUUUAUAAAUAAAAGUUUUGAUAUAAAAAAAAAUUUUUUUAAAUAUAAUAUUCAUUAUAUUUUUAAGUGACAUUUUAAAUGACAUUAAAUCCGAAUCUUGUACCAAAAUUAGAUAGAAUUAAUUCGGUAGAAGAAAAAAGAACUAUUAAUUUUAUUUUUGUAUUAUUAUUAUUAUUAUUAUUUU